AAACCGCAGACUCGACCUCCGAACUCCGACCAAGAACUCCUCCGCCUCCGGCGAUGGAGCUCCUCAGCGGCGGCGCGCUGGCAUGGCAGCAGUACCGGUCGCUGCUCCGCAAGAACUCUACGCUCACCUGGCGCCACCGGCGAUCGGCGGCGCUGCAGCUCUUCUCCUCGCUCGUCUUCAUCUUCCUAAUCUUCUGCAUCGACCGCGCCAUCCGGUCCCGGUUCUCCUACACCACCGCCUACCGCAACGUCCCCGACCCGAAGCCGCUCGUGGCCCCGCCCAUCCCGCCCUGCGAGGACAAGUUCUUCAUCAAGUCCCCCUGCUACGACUUCCUCUGGAGCGACGGCGGGAGCGCCCGCGUCGCCUCGCUCGUCGACGCCAUCCGGAGGAACAACCCCGGCCGGCCAAUACCCCCCGAGAAAGUUUUAGGUUUUAGGACUCCAGAUGAAGUUGAUGCUUGGCUUUUUCAAAAUCCGAUGCGCUGCCCUGGUGCUUUACAUUUUCAAGAUAUAAAUGCCACUCAAAUAAAGUAUGGUAUUCAGACAAACUCCACUCCAGUAGCACGGAGGGGGACAUAUGAAGAUCCCACGUUCAAGUUCCAGAUACCUCUUCAAGUUGCAGCUGAGAGGGAAAUGGCAAGGCUGCUCAUUGGAGACCCAAAUUUUAGCUGGACCGUGGGAUUUAAGGAAUUUGCUCACCCAGCGACAGAAACAUUCUCCACUAUUGCUCAAGCAGGGCCAACUUUCUUCCUUGCCAUUGCAAUGUUUGGAUUUGUUUUCCAGAUCAGUGCCUUGGUGACAGAGAAAGAACUUAAGCUUCGUCAGGCUAUGUCUAUCAUGGGGCUCUAUGAAUCAGCGUAUUGGCUAUCAUGGUUUACUUGGGAGGCCUUGCUUACGUUACUGUCAGCGCUUUUUACUGUGCUUUUUGGGAUGAUGUUCCAGUUUGACUUCUUCCUGAAUAAUAGUUUUGGAAUCUUAUUUCUGCUGUUUUUCCUCUUCCAACUGAACAUGCUUAGUUUUGCCUUCAUGAUAUCGACAUUCGUAACGAAAGCAGCAUCAGCUACUACUGUUGGAUUUGCAAUAUUCAUUAUUGGCUUCUUGACACAGCUUGUUACAACCUUUGGGUUCCCAUAUUCAAGUUCCUUCCAAAAGUCUUACCGGACAGUAUGGUCUUUCUUUCCUCCUGAUGUAUUUGCCCAAGGCCUCAACAUCCUAGGUAAGGCAACAGCCACUCCUGAAGACAAAGGUAUCAGCUGGAACCAGCGUGGGAAGUGCCAGUCUUUUGAGACGGAUUGCGUCAUCACUAUUGACGACAUCUACAAAUGGCUUAUCUCCACAUUUUUCUUGUGGUUUGUGCUGGCGAUCUACUUUGACAACAUAAUUCCAAAUGUCAAUGGUGUUCGAAAGUCAGUGUUCUACUUUCUCAUGCCUUCCUACUGGACAGGAAAAGGAGGCAAGAUGCGAGAGGGAGGCCUCUUUAGCUUUUUUGGUUCAAGCCGUCCGGCAGAUGAUGCUACCCCUACUGAUGAGGAUGUUCUUGCUGAGGAAAACCUAGUAAAGGAACAAGCUGCAAACAAUGAGGUAGAUGGUGUUGCAGUUCAAAUACGCGGUUUGCGGAAGACAUAUCCAGGAAGUUUCAGUAUGGGUUGCUGCAAAUGCAGAACAACUAAGCCAUUUCAUUCUGUCAAAGGCUUAUGGGUGAACCUUGAGAAGGACCAACUGUUUUGUCUUCUUGGACCUAAUGGGGCUGGUAAAACAACUACAAUCAGUUGCCUGACUGGAAUCACACCAAUUACAGGCGGUGAUGCAUUGAUUUAUGGUCAUUCUGUUCGAAGCACUGCGGGGAUGUCAAAUAUUCGUCGGAUGAUUGGAGUCUGUCCGCAGUUUGACAUCCUGUGGGACGCAUUAACAGCUAAAGAGCACAUGGAAUUGUUUGCUAGCAUCAAGGGAUUGCCUCCAGUAACAAUUAAAUCGGUAGCAGAACAAUCAUUAGCCCAAGUGAAGCUCAGCCAGGCAGCUAAUGUUAGAGCAGGUAGCUACAGUGGAGGAAUGAAGCGCCGGCUAAGUGUUGCCAUUGCUUUAAUUGGUGACCCAAAAUUGGUCUUUCUUGAUGAACCGACUACUGGCAUGGAUCCAAUAACAAGGAGGCAUGUCUGGGACAUCAUAGAGGAUGCAAAGAAAGGAAGAGCCAUUGUCUUGACCACCCAUUCCAUGGAGGAAGCUGAUAUUCUAAGUGACCGGAUAGCUAUCAUGGCAAAGGGGAAACUGCGAUGCAUUGGGACAUCAAUAAGGCUGAAGUCGAAAUUUGGAACUGGAUACAUUGCUAAUGUGAAUUUCUCUGGAAACGGUCACAUGCAAAGCCCUAACAUCAACAGCAACACCGAGGCACCAGUUAAUCCUCACAUUGAAGCUGUCAAAUGGUUCUUCAAGGAACGGCUUGAUGUGAACCCUAAGGAGGAGAGCAGGACAUUCUUAACAUUUGUCAUCCCCCAUCACAAAGAACCGCUUCUGACGAGAUUCUUUGGGGAGUUGCAAGACAGGGAGGUGGAGUUUGGAAUCUCAGACAUUCAACUCGGUCUCACGACACUUGAAGAGGUCUUCCUGAACAUUGCAAAGCAGGCAGAGUUGGAGAGCUCUACAGCUGAAGGCACCCUGGUGACUCUAAACCUAACAUCAGGGGCAUCGAUUCAGAUUCCGAAGGGUGCUCGUUUUGUUGGUAUUCCUGGAACUGAGACAGAAGAGCAUCCAAGAGGCGUCAUGGUUGAGGUUUACUGGGAUCAGGAUGACAAUGGAUCACUCUGCAUUUCCGGCCACUCUGAUGAGAUCCCUGUGUCAGCCAAUGUUGAGCUGAGGAGGCCGCCCUCGCUGUCUCGUAGGGCCUCGAUGGGCCGUGGAGGUCCAGUCGGGUACAUCAUUGACCCGAACCAGGUCUAGUGAACAAGAUGAGUCUGAGUGCGAAAUUUGGAUUUGUUUUCAUGUAAAUUAUCUUAGGCGUGUUGAAACAUAUAGAAAUGCUUCUAUACAUGUUUUGUUUGUACUAGAACUUAGAGCAUGUUAUCUUUCUGUGUUAUGGUAAAGAAGUGUUUGGUGAAAGAUGUUAAGUACAUAGGAUAACAUAUUAUCCUGGUAUGGUAAUAUAUUAUGUUGGUAUGGUA